CAUCCGGUGGCAAUUCUCGCGAGUGGAACCGGUCUGUUCAAGAUAGAAAAAAAAAUUGAGUGCGAAUUGGUCCAAGAUUUUUUCAAAACACAAAGUGAACCGAAGUGACCGGAUUGGGAUAUGGUGAUUGGUGGUUUGAGCUGAGUUAACAAUUACGAGCACACAAACCAUGCCGGAAGAUUCGAAGCACGGAGAGGUCGCGUCCACCAACGGCGACGACAAGGACGUGGAAGGCGUAGAGGCCAAGAAACUGAAGUACCCCCGAUCGAUUCCGUUCAUUAUCAGCAAUGAGUUCUGCGAGCGAUUCAACUACUAUGGCAUGCGAACAAUUCUGGUACUGUACCUGACACGUAAGCUGGACUACGACGAUGACACGGCAACGGUUUUAUACCACUCGUUCACAACCCUGGUGUACUUUAUGUGCGUUAUCGGAGCCAUCAUCUCGGACAGUUGGCUGGGAAAAUUCAAGACCAUCUUGUACCUCUCGAUCGUGUACGUCUUUGGAAGUACACUUAUCGCAGUUGGUGCUAUUCCAACUUUGGACAUCAAUGCCCGAGCAAUGACCAUAGUGGGAUUGCUGUUGAUCGCCUUCGGCUCCGGCGGUAUCAAACCGUGUGUCGCGGCCUUUGGAGGUGAACAGUUCAAGGUACCCGAACAGGCCAAGUAUCUGGCCUUGUUCUUCUCGAUGUUCUACUUUGCCGUAAACUCCGGAUCGUUCGUUUCUACGAUGAUAACACCAAUUCUGCGAGAGGACGUCAAGUGUUUCGAUUCGGACGACUGUUUCUCGCUUGCAUUCGGAGUCCCUGGAAUUCUGAUGAUAAUCUCGAUCAUCAUUUUCCUGUUCGGAAAGCCACUGUACAAGAUCACCGCUCCAGCCGGCAAUAUGUUCAUGAAGGUUUCCAAGUGUAUAUGGACCGCAAUCCGUACCCGUUCCAAGGAGAAGACCGUCAAUCCUCGGGAGCACUGGUUGGACUACUCGGAGAAACGCUGGGGGCAACAAUUGGUCGACGAAACCAAGAUCCUACUGAACGUACUCCGCCUCUACAUACCUCUGCCGGUUUUCUGGGCUCUAUUCGAUCAGCAAGGUUCCCGUUGGACUUUCCAAGCCACCCGUAUGGACGGCGACCUUGGUUUCUGGACCAUCAAACCCGAUCAGAUGCAGGUCAUUAACCCUCUUCUGAUUCUGAUCUUCAUCCCGCUAUACGAAGUGAUAUUCUACCCUCUGCUGUCGAUGAUUGGAAUUCGUCGCCCACUGCAGAAACUGACACUCGGUGGUAUCCUUGCCGGCGUUGCGUUCGUAAUUUCCACGUUCGUGGAGAUUGAACUCGAAGGCACCUACGCUGUACUGCCCAAGGCGGGCGAGUCUCAACUGCGAAUCUUCAACGGAAUGCACUGUGAUUACAACAUUCAAACCGACAUUCCAAAUCAUGCCAACUUUGUGCUUAAGUCGAUGGAGUUGUUCGAAGAGAAAUACAUAGCCGUCAACGGGGAAAAGUCGUUCGCAUAUACCUUCUCUUCGGAUGAUCCCGGCUGCACUGGGUUCUCCGAACGAUUCCACCUGGAAGAAUACAAGCAGAUUUCCUACUUCGUCAAUAACCGCGCCGGUCCACCGAGUUUGCUUCGCUACGAAGACAACACCGAUAAGUCCUCCAAGGGAUUCCCAAUGUUCCGAGUUCUUGGAAACACCGCUCAGAAUCGUCCGUUCGUCUUCAAAGAUCUGGACGCCUCGCCACCGUUCGACCGACACAGCAACGAUACCUACUUCAAUGAUAUUAUCGAAUCCUUCCCAUCUCUGUAUGAAAUCAGCGUCGAUGGGAAGCCUUUGAUGAAGUACCCUAUGCGGCUUGGAGGUGUCUACACUUUCAUUUUCUCAGACAACGGAAACGAAAUUAAAGCUGAGGCGAUCACUGUAACUGCACCCAACUCGGUGAGCAUGCUCUGGUUGAUUCCACAGUAUGUCGUUAUGACGCUGGGUGAAGUCAUGUACUCCAUCACCGGUCUGGAGUUUUCCUUCACCCAAGCCCCGGAGAGUAUGAAGUCCGUACUGCAAGGCUGCUGGCAGCUGACCGUGGCCGUCGGUAACCUGAUCGUGGUCAUCGUUGCCGAGGCCAAGAUCUUCGAGGCACAAAAGUGGGAGUUCGUCCUGUUUGCCUGUUUAAUGUUUGUCGAUAUGGGCCUUUUCUCCGUUCUGGCGUACUACUACAAACCGAUCCCGCUCAAGACGUACGACGAAGACGACGCGAACACCACGCUGCCCGUCGAGGACCGGAAGGAAGAACGAGGCCUGGAGAAUCCCACAUUCACCAAGGGUGAAUGAUCGUGAAUUCUUUCAUUUUUUCGUAAGUGUGUGUGUUUUAGACUGUUGUACAGUCGAAUAUGUUGGUUUAA